CAUUUAGCCAUUGAAACAUGUUUACUUGUUGAGAUGUGACUGCAACAACUUGAAGGCAAUGUCCAUUUGGCACAAUGGAAUUCAACGCAACAUGACUAUUCAUCUUGGAACACCGUUUCACCACAGUUUUUUUAACUACCCAGUUUCACUGUAGACCAUUCUACAUGACUGGACUUUCCAGGGUCGAUAUGGCUGCUUCACAGAUAUACAUUUGGACAUUUACUAUUUUCAUUUUUCCAAUUCUAACUUGGGGAUUGCUGUCUGACUUCAAAAUUUGUGGCGACUCUGAAUGUGAAAGCUUGCUGAGUCGGGUCAGGGCCACAAGAGAUCACAGAGGAAAGGAUUGUAGAUUCUUGAACUUCAAAAAAGGGGAUGUGAUAUUUGUUUACCACAAACUCUCUGGCAAAAGAGAUGAUCUAUGGGCAGGAAGUAUUGACAGACGAUUUGGUUAUUUCCCAAAAGACGCUGUGAAAGUUGAUGAAAUUUAUGCAAACACAGAGAAAGAAGUGGCCACACAGAAACAAGACUUCUUCUGCAUAGAUGAGUAUGGCUUAUUAAUUGAUAAUGACUCCAGUGAGUGGGACAAUGAAGAAAAUCUAGUUUCAGAAUUUCAGGAAAUCGCAGCCAAUGAUGCUCAGGAUUCUAAAACUUCCAAAGAUGCCUUUCUAUCCCAAAGUUUUGCACAGAGCAGUGAUGAAACAGGAAACAAAGAUGCCAAUCAGGCUGUAAUGGAAUACUUCUCUGAUGAUACCAAACCUGCACCUAGCGAACAAGGUGGGUCUCAGUGGAUUGGCUCUACAGUAACUGGAUGGCUUAGUUUAGGUGGUGAAAGACCUGAUGAUAAUCCCAAAGAAGACAACCCAGAACAAGAGUCUUUCAGGAGCAGGAAACUUGCUUUGGACAUUGAUGCGAACCAAUUGAAGGAAGAGACUAAAAAUACUGAAAACUCUGGCUGGUUUGGAGAUGGACUGACUAGCGCCUUUGGUUUUGGUCAUAAAGCUCCAGAGGAGGAGAAGCCCAUUGAAAAAGAAGUGGAAGAGCAACCCCCACCCUCUAAAUCCUGGCUGAAUAUUGGCAUUAGAGAUGUCUUACAUUUUGGUCAAUCUAAUCAGGAUAAAGUUGAAGAGAGAAUAGAAGCAGCAGGCAGAGAUGAAUCGACAGGCACAAUAGACCCACAGGACGUUGGCACAAGUCAGUCUCAUCAUGAUGCCACAGUGGAGCAAAUAAAAGAAACAGAGUACCAGAGAGAUGAUAACACUGGUAAGAAGGCAGAGAGAACAGAGACACACCCCUCAAAACCUGUUAAGGAUUAUAACCAAGAGGACCGUCAUAGUCAGGAAGAAGAUGGUGAGUUAAGAAAAGAGAAAGAUGCAGGGUGGUAUGGUAGCAUAUAUAACAAUAUUGUAGGCCUUUAUGGAGAACAGAGUGAUGUUGAGGAGGAGGAGGAUAUACUUAUAGCUGAGGAUGAAGAGGAUAAAGAUAUCAACCUUCAGUCAGAAACAGAAACAGAGUCACAGUCUGUGUUCUCAUCCAUGUUUGACACUCUGGUAUCACCGUUUCAGGCCGAUACAACUAACAAUUAUAAAAAUGCCCAAAGUGAUGAGGUAACAGAUAUAAAACCGGCAGAAGCAGAUGGAGAUACAGAGAUCUCCCUUACUUGUCAGAUGGCUAUCCCAUAUGAUUCUACUGAGGCUUCUGUAGGUAGGAAGGAUGAUAAUGAUGGUAAUGACAGCAAUGAGGCUCUACAUCCCCCUCCAUUAGAAAUAGAUAAGGUUCAGAGUGCCAAUAAAAUACUUGAAACUAGCAAGUAUAUGUCUUUGUCCCACGACCCUCAAUUACAAGACACAACCGGAAUAGUGAAUCUUGAAGUUGAUCCUGAAAAAGCUAUAGCUGAGAUGAAAGUUGUUGAUCAAAAGGAAUUUCCCCCCUCUGAUCAUUCCAAGGAGUGGCACGUUGAGACCGAUCCCAUAGAUAACAUAGGGUUUAUAAACAUUAUCCUUGACCCAGUGUUAGACUCAACUAUACUAAAUGCUGACACUACAAGUAACAAUCUUCUAUCUGAUAAAGGUAAUGAUGAUGGGGAAGGUUAUAUUGUGGACAAAGCAUCUGAGAUAGAGAAAGCAGAGGGGAUAGAACCAAAGAAAAUAGUUGAAGUUGAGAGAGAGCAUGGGGAUGAAGCUACUUUCUCUACACAUGUCUUUGAAUAUACACAGAGCAGUUCCGGACCCAAUGCUAAAAUUGAAAUGUAUCGUGACACCUCAGAUCUAGUUCCCCCUGAGACAGUAACAGGAAAUGAACAAAGACAGACAGAAAUCCUUGAUAAGGCAGACACAGAAAACAUGUCAGUGGAAGAUUUCAUUCAUGUCCACAGGGUGUCCCAUGAAUCUCAAAAAGACAGUGACGAGAAAAACGUCCUGAAUGAUAGAUCUGGGAUGACGGAUGACCAGACGACAGCACAUGAGGACAGUAAUCUGCCGCUAAAUGACAGAAAUCACACAGAUGACAGUAAUGAAAUGCUGGAGGCAUUCAAACAGCUACUUGGAAAUAGCAAGUAUAUGUCUUUGUCCCACGACCCUCAAUUACAGGACACAACCGGAAUAGUGAAUCUUGAAGAUGAUGCUGAAAAAUCUAGAGCUGAGAUCAAUGAAAAUGAUGAGCACAAUUCUGCAGGUAGAUUAGACCUAGAUGAUGUCACUACUAAUGAACCUGUCAGUUCCCAAGGAGAUGUAGAGCCAAAGCAAUUAGUGUCGGACCCCAAACCAGACAAUGAAGAGGACUUGAAAAUAUCAACUGUGCUCCCCGAAGCGCUUUUGCAUGAUAGUGAUGAGAAUGCCCUUAAUCACCAUCAAGAGAGUCCUGCUGCUGACCUUGCUGAAAAUAGCCUGGAUGAUGUUGAGACUGAUCAUUCAGUUGGUCAGGACGCUUUAGAAGGAUCAGGGAUUCCAAAUCUCUUUGAUUCGAUUCCUAUUCAGACAAAAGCAGGAACACUGACAGAGGAGCUACCUGAUGUAUCAGAGGAUACGUCUGUAAUGCAUGCUGAGGUGGAGGACAUUGACAUUGACACUACAGGUAUUGAAGUGGUAUCCUCCAAUCAGAAAGGAGACGACAGUAUUCUAGUGCCUCAGAGACCAGCAGAAGAGGACAGUGGGGACAGAGUAGGGAUGCUAUAUGGUCAGACAAGCAUGCCAGGUACAGAGGAUGCUUCAGUGCUGGAGGAGGUCACACAGACACCUGACCCCCAUCUGCAUGAUGCUCAGGACCCUCGCAUAGCUGAACUUAUCCUGAACCUAUCUUUAGUUGAACCUGUCAUAGUUGAUCCAGUCAUUGAACAUGUAUCAGGAGAGGAAGGACAUAAUUUGAUUACCUCAAGUGGGGAUGGGAAAAGUAAGGACAAGAAUGAGAAUACAUUAGAGGUACCAAAUAAGAAUGCUCAUGUUGGAGACAUAGAUUCAGUUUUGCUGAAAGACUGGUUAUCUUCUAACUAUGAGGAAAGUAAUUCCAAUGUAAUGGAAGUUGUUGAUCAAGAGGAAUUUUCCUCCUCUGAUCAUUUCAAGGAGUGGCACGUUGAGGCCGAUCCUGUAGAUAACAUAGGGUUGAUAAACAUUACCCUUGACCCAGUGUUAGACUCAACUAUACUAAAUGCUGACACUACAAGUAACAAUCUUCUAUCUGAUAAAGGUAAUGAUUAUGGGGAACGUUAUAUUGUGGACAAAGCAUCUGAGAUAGAGGAAGCAGAUUCACCUAAUGAAGUUACUGAGAUAGAGGGGCUAGAACCAGGGAAAAUAGUUGAAGUUGAGAGAGACCAUGGGGAUCAAGCAACUCUCCCUACACAUAUCUUUGAAAAUACACAGAGCAGUUCCGGACCUGAUGCUAAAAUUGAAAUGUAUCCUGACAGCUCAGAGCUAGUUCCCCCUGAGACAGAAAUAGGAAAUGAACAACGACAGACAGAAAUCCUUGAGGAGGCAGACACAGAAAACAUGUCAGUAGAAGAUUUCAUUCAUGUCCACAGGGAGUCCCAUGAAUCUCAAAAAGACAGUGAUGAGAAAAACGUCCCGAAUGAUAGAUCUGGGAUGACGCGUGACCAGACGACAGCAAUCGAGGACAAUAAUCUGCCGCUAGAUAACAGGAAUCACAUCUCAUCAGUCAGUAGCCAGGAAGUACAUUCAAAAGGGACCAAAGGAUUGUAUAAUGAGAUCACUCUAGAAAACGAGAGAGCACAGGAAUUAGGCCUACACGAUAGGGAAACCAAUGAUGGACGAAAUAGCUUUGAUCAGUCACAUGCAGUUAGUCAGCUUUCCCCCACUGAUGAAGCUUAUGAUGUCAUUACUCAGUCAGAGAGAACAAUAGACCAUGAUAUAUUGUGUUCAGGUGAGAAUUUCCUCUCAGACAGUUGGUCUAAUUAUCAAGAAGCAACAGAUGUAAAGAGCACAAUUAGUGAUGAAGAUAGGCAGCAGGAUUUUGAAAACGUGGACGUGAUUGAGAAGGAUGAUUUUGAGAAAAUCAGUUAUCGGGAUAUUGAAUCUAUUCCCAAUGUUGAAAGAGAGGGUGAGACUUCCACUUCUCACAGUGAACCCCCUGAAAAGCAAGACAUGCCAUCUGACCAGUAUUCAGUAGGGCCCCCUCAAGAGGAAAUCACAGACACAUCAGUCAACAAGGGUACUAGGAGUUUCUUUGAAAAUGCUAUGGACUUUGUGAUCCCAAGCACUGACUCCAAAGACUUAGAAGACCCAGAACCAAAGGGGCAAGAAGAGGAGGAACAAGAACCUCCACCUGUUCUUCCUUACCUGGACCUCCAUGAACCAGAACCACAGUCUCAGUCAACCUCAGUAGAAGACUCGCUGAAAGCUACAGCAUUUUUGAAAGAAUACAAGAAUAUCCAAAAGCAAAUCAGCGCAGAUGAAAUAACUACUUUGUUGGACAUGUUUGGGAAGAACAAACUCCUGUGGCUUGACUACAGCCUAGGAAGCUCAGAGACAUUGACUGAUGGCCAAGAUGGUAAUAAUGACCGAGCUAUUAUAUCAGACUUUGAAAGGCUCCUGCAGUAUCACAUUGAUGAGACAAAAACUCCAUCUGGUGGAGUACUGGAGGAUGAAGACCAAUCCAGAAAAUGUGUGUCAUUACGAAAACUAGAAAUACUCUUGUCAAACAUAAAAAACAGAUUCACCCAAGUGAAAGCACCUGUCAGUAUAAAAGACAAUCAAGCAGAAACAGACAAGACAAACUGCAUCAACGAUGAUUGUUUCACUCGCAAUGAAAAUGAAGACCUAACCAACCUGAAAGGAGAACAUUUCUCUGGGGAGGGAGACAUCCAAACCCCAACACUAACAGACAAAUAUAAACCUGAGCCUGCAGUGAUGGAAUAUCUUUUUUCUUCUGCACGUCAAGUCACUGGUGAUGCUGUUGCUCAUAUACUGACAGUUAAGGCUCUUCUAAAAUGGCUCACUGUACAGGUCCUGUCAUCCCUUCCUGAUGACAUAAGGCCAGGUCCUGACCUGUAUGGACUGCCAUGGGAAGCUGUCAUCGUCACUGCCUUACUAGGGUUGGGCACCCUCCUAUUGUUCAGCUGCAGGUUCUACCAAUGUAUAGAGAGCAGACUGUAUUCAAGCAAAGAGAGGCGGAUGGGCCUGAAGGUGGCUGAACUAUUAGAUGAAAAGUGCAAAGUCCUUGAGACUUUGAGUGAGGUUCAACAAAAUUAUGAAGAACUGGAAACUGCCCUGCGGAAUAGUGGCGUUUUGGCUCAUGUCGCAGAGAGAGAGAAUCUGGAGGUGAUGUCCCAGAGGCUGAAACAGUCAAAUACACAGCUUGGGAAUGAUAUAGAAAAGUUAAAGGAGGACCUGAAUAUCCAAAGAGCGAGGAGGUUGCAGCAGGAGGAGACAAUUGCAGAUAUGCAGGAAACCUUGAAAACCUUAGAAGAAGAAACCAGAGACCUCAAGUCCCAGACAGAACAGGCACAGACAACCCUGAAAAUAUUUGAUAUGAACAGUGAAAGGAAUCAGAAUAAUCUGGAGGCAGCAAAAGAAGAGAAGGUGUUGCUCCAGGAGAAAAAUGGCCAGCUGGUCCAGGAGGCAGAGGGCUGGGGGGAGCGGAUGAGUGAGCUGGAGGAGGAGAUGAGGAUGUGUGAGAGCUCCUACACUGGAAUGCUGCAGGAUGCUACCAACAAAGAUGAGCGCAUCAAGUCCUUGACAGACUGCCUGUUGAAGAUGAAGGACUGGGACUCAGUGCUGGAGGACGGCGCCAACAGAGAGGAGAGGAGUGGGACACAAGGGACAGAGAAUGGAGAAGGACAAGAUAACCAUCAACGACAAAGAAUACAGAAACUCAUUCAUGCAGCCAAGAUGAAUGCAGACUUGAAGUCGGUGGAUGAAGACAAGGACAGGGUGUUUGCUAAGCUAGCAGAUGAAGUCAAGGCCAAGGAGGAUCUCCAAGAGGGGAUUAAGAACCUGGAGAAUGAGAAGGCCUCUUUGCAGACAGACAGUGAGAAGUACACGAGCCAGGUGCAGAAACUCCAGCAGAAACUGCAGAUCAUGACAGAGAUGUACCAGGAGAAUGAGCUCAAACUACACAGGAUGUUGACUGUGGAGGAGAGGGAGCGUCUGCAGAAGGACGAGAAGCUGACCAAGGCUGACAAGAGCAUCACCCUGGCCGUGGAGGAGCUCAACAGCUACAGGCAAAGGGCACAAGACCUGGAGGAUGAGCUGGAGAAGACUAACCAGGCCUACAAAACCCAGAUAACUUCUCAGGAAAAGAAGGCACACAUUAACUGGCUAGCAGCACGAGGUGCUGACCGCGACCUGGCUGAAGUUAAAAGAGAGAAUGCACACCUCAGGCAGAAAUUGACUGAUACUCAGUUCAAGCUGGAGGUCGUGGAGAAAGACCCCUAUACUCUGGACAACAUGGACAGACCUCUGUUCAGAGGUGAAAGGUCACCGUAUGGCCCCUCCCCCCUACAUCGCCCAGCCUCUGAGAACAGAGCCUUCCUGUCUCCGCCUACCCUGAUGGAUGGCCCGCCCCGCCUCUCUCCAAACUUCCCCCCCAUGGGACCAGGAGGCAGAGUAUCCCGAGGCCUGUUAGAUCCCCCUGGUGGGGUGGACUCUGAUCGUAGUGGUGGUCCUCACUCUGACAGCGGCUCGAUAUCUCCCACCUGGGAGAGGGAUCGCAGGGGCCCACCUAUACACCCUCCAGGGUAUAUGUAUCUAGACCCAGGCCUUCCCUACAGGAGACCUCUGCCCGGAGCCCUUCCUAUGGGCCCCCUACCACCCAGGGGCCCCGGUCCUGCUGAGUCCCACAGCUUUGGCCACCAACCUGACUCAUCAUUUAUGGGAAACAGUAUGGGUCCUGGUGAAAAUGAAAGAGACUCCCAUCUGUCAGCACCUGGAGAUCUGAGAGACAUGAGGAUGGGACCUCCUCUCUUAGUACCCCCUGGUAUGGGUCCUCUCCCACCCAUGGAGCACAGGGACCCUUACUUUGCACGCAAAGGCCCUUACGGACCUCCAGACUUUUUCUCACCACGAGGUCCAGCCCCCAUGGGCAUGCGAGGACCACCUCCCCCGGGAAUGUUUGGGCGAGUCCCCCCUCCACCGCCGCAGCACAGUUUUCUCCCUGGACCCCCUCCAAGGCCCUCCCCACCUGGCAGCGAAGUGUCUUCUGACCAGUCCCCCUCUCCACAUGAUGUUAUCUGAGCCAGCUCUCUGUGUGGGAGAAACUCUCUCUCGGCCCGCUUCCUGUGUGAAACUUCACUUCAUGUUGUUGUGAUAGUAGUGAGCAACUGAGCGUGUGUUCAGGGACUGUUUCCUGAAGUGUAACUUCAACAUUCAUGUGACUCUUUCUCCCUUUUUUAGAGUCUGGGAGUGGAAUUGUUUCCCCCGCAGUCUGUUGCACACACAAACAUAGAUCACUGUGUCUUAGGACUUAAUGAGAGAACAAUACAGUACCACUAGGAGUUUUACACAACUGGAAGUACUGAGCGAACAUUUAUGUAACAGUUUUUUUGUAGAUUCACAUAGCUGUAUGAGUCAUAAUACCCAUAAAACCUAGCAGUCAAACAGG